AUGGAAUCCACUGAAGAAAAAAUCACUCGGCUAGAAACGACAAUACGAACAAUGACAGACGAUAUAGCUACGAUGAAAGAAAAUUUCAACACACGCAUCGAAGCACUACAUCAACUAAUAAAUGACUACGACACAAAAACAGUAGUAAACGUUGAAAAAUUGAACAAAGAUUUGAGCAACAUAGCAAACAAACAAACACUAAUGGACACCACGGUGACAACCAGAUCAAACACAGUAGAGUUGCCCAUGCCAACGUUCGCAGGGAACGAGCAAACCGACCACCCGAAAAGAUUCUUGAGAAACUUAAACACAUACUUAAUACAUAAAAAAAUAGCUGAAGACGACAAAAUGAUCGUGAUCGAAAAUUGCCUAAAAGGAAAGGCAGCAAAGUGGUUUACAAUGGUAAAAGACGCAACUUGCAACAUCGAAAACUUCAAAGACCUUUUCUUAAAAAACUUCUUCUCUGAAAACAAACAGUGGAGCAUUUUUAUAAAAUGCACGGAAGCUGGAAAAGCAACAACAAAAGGCAACUACCAAGAACAUUUUCACAAAUGGAUGGAUGAAUUAAAAUACCUUGACUCACCAAAAAUCGCAGAAGAACAAGCAAUAAAUCUAGUCAUUAAACAUUUCCCGAUAGCAAUACAAGCAUACAUACAAAACACAGAAAAAACGUUUUUAAAAAUUUGGGAGAAAUUGGGAGAAAUUGACGAAAAAGAUCAACAAGUCGAUCCAAACCCAAAACAAAAAACAACUUACACAUAUCACCAAAGUAGAAACACAAAUCAAACACCCCACACACAAUCAUACGGAAGACAGCACUUCCAAAACGACAGAAAAAACGCGGAGAAAACGGUGAAUCAAAUUACAAUAGUUCAAGACCAGGCAAAAAACAGCGAAGAAGAAACCGAUGAUGAAAUGCCAAAAAACUGGACACGGGAGACGGGGAAGGAUCACCCACCGUCAUUGAAUCCCACAGAUCCAGAAUACACAGAAUAA